AAGGUGCACCUUCGGUGUUUUGUCAUCCAAUUGCCCAUAUUGCCCUCUCACCUCACCUCACCUCACCUCACGUGAAGUGUGAAACGACUUCCGAUUGUGAUCUUAUUUCCUUCACUCCGAUCUGAAACUCAGAGAGAGAGAGAGAGAGGUUUUGCGUUUUUGGGUUGAGACUCGAGUCGAGAGAAACAAUGGGUGCCUUUAUCAAGCUGGACGAUUCCCCUAUGUUUCUGAAGCAGAAAUAGUAAUCAAGAGGUUGUAUUUAAGGUUUUUUAUGGUUGAAAUUGCCGAACCCAUAUAUAUACGCUAGAACAGACGACUGAUGUAGUGAAAGAUCGCUGCCAAAGGCUAUAUCAAGGGUCUAAGAAGUUAAUGGCAGCUCUUGGAGAAGCAUGUAUCGGAGACGAAACCUUUGCAGAUUCAUUAGAAGCAUUUGGUGGGGGGCUGGAUGAUCCUGUUAGCGUAUCAAUUGGAGGUCCAGUCUUAUCCAAGUUUAUUACUGCAUUUCAUGAGCUUGCUACUUAUAAAGAGCUUCUUCGUUCCCAAGUAGAACAUGUCUUGAUUGACCGGCUUAUGCACUUUAUGACUGUUGAUCUGGAAGAUGCAAAGGAGUCCCGUCGACGUUUUGACAAAGCUAUACAUGCUUAUGAUCAGGCACGAGAAAAGUUUGUGUCUUUGAAGAAAAAUACAAGAGAAGACAUUGUUGCAGAACUAGAAGAGGAUCUGCAGAACUCAAAGUCUGCAUUUGAGAGGAGCCGCUUCAAUCUAGUAAAUGCCCUCAUGAAUAUUGAAGCAAAGAAGAAGUAUGAGUUCUUGGAAUCUAUAAGUGCAAUUAUGGACGGUCAUCUGAGAUAUUUUAAACUGGGAUAUGAACUAUUGAGCCAGAUGGAACCAUUUAUUCACCAGGUAUUAACAUACGCACAACAAUCUAAAGAAAUGGCCAAUGUUGAACAAGAUAAACUUGCAAAAAGGAUUCAAGAAUACAGGACACAAGCUGAGCUGGACAAUAUGCGGGCUUCAAGUAGCUUGGAGCAUUCAGCAGGUACUGAUAGCAUUCGUGUUGUUGGUAUGAGUCCAUACAAAAAUGUCGAAGCAAUUAUGCAGUCCACCAAUGGGGAGGUCCAAACUAUCAAACAGGGAUAUCUCUUAAAACGAUCUUCAAGUUUGAGAGGAGAUUGGAAGAGGAGAUUCUUUGUACUUGACAGUCAAGGGACUCUAAGUUAUUACAGAAUGAAGGGUACCAAACCUGUGGGCCUUCAAUCUUACCAUUAUACUCGUUCAGCUGAAAGUAAUAGCAGUAUGUUUGGUAGAUUCCGUUCAAGACACAAUAGGACAUCUUCAUUAAGUGAAGAAAUUCUGAGCUGCCGUACUGUUCAUCUCCAUACAUCAACUAUAAAGAUGGAUGCAGAGGACAUGGAUCUACGUCUUUGCUUCAGAAUAAUUUCUCCUUUAAAAACUUACACAUUGCAGGCUGAAAAUGAGGCAGAUAGGAUGGAAUGGAUAAACAAAAUCACAGGUGCUAUUGCAUCUCUUUUCAAUUCUCAUUUUCUUCAACAGCCGCACCCUGGAAUAAAACAUGUUGAGAACAGUCACUCUAUCUGUGGUGCUUCUGUUGAUGUUCAAUCACUAGGUAGCCAUGAAAGUUUAGACAAUGACAUAAAAUUCAACAGAGCUGAUUAUGUUCCUAGAAUUCUCAGAGGAAUUCCAGGAAAUGAUAUUUGUGCAGAGUGCAGCACUCCUGAACCAGAUUGGGCAUCGCUUAAUCUUGGCAUAUUGUUAUGCAUUGAAUGCUCUGGUGUUCAUCGGAAUCUUGGUGUUCAUAUCUCAAAGGUGAGAUCUCUAACAUUAGAUGUCAAGGUUUGGGAACCUACUGUCUUGGACUUGUUCCAGAACUUGGGUAACUCUUUUUGUAACUCUGUGUGGGAGGGAUUGCUUCUACUUGAGAAUGAAAGGAUAGAUGAAUCAAGUGCUAUGAUCGCAUCAGUUACAAAACCAUGCCCCAAAGAUCCCAACUACGUUAGGGAGAAAUACAUUCAAGCAAAGUACGUAGAGAAAUUGCUGGUCAUCCGAGGAGUAAUUGAAGCCGGGACUCUUUCCAAUGCUACAAAUAUCUGGCAAGCAGUUAAGAACAAUAAUUUGCGAGAAGUAUAUCGCCUUAUUGUUAUGUCAGACGUAAGUCUCAUCAACACUACAUUUGAUCAUGUGGAUGGUGUCAAUCUAUAUCACCAUGUGGAUGCACAAGACUCGGAUGCAAUUGAAAGGAAACAGUAUGAUCCAGCAGACUGUGAUGGAAUCGAGGACUCCAAUGAGCCAGCGAACUGUCUUCAAGGUUGUUCAUUAUUGCAUCUUGCAUGUGACUGUAGCUAUCUGUUGAUGGUUGAAUUGUUGCUGCAAUUUGGUGCGGAUAUAAAUAUGCACGACUUCCAUGGAAGGACUCCUUUGCACCGUUGCAUCUCCAGAGGGAACAACCCACUAGCAAAGGUUCUUCUUAGAAGAGGUGCGCGUCCAUCAAUUAAAGAUGGUGGAGGGCUUAGUGUACUGGAAAGAGCAAUGGAGAUGGGAGCAAUUACUGAUGAGGAGCUAUUUAUAUUGCUUACGGAAUGCGAGUAAACUAACAUUGCCACCUGAUGUUAGCUUGCAUAGUCUGUUUUUGACCCCCGCUGCUGACUACCCAUAUUGUCUGUAAACAUCAUAAUCCUCUUUCAUCU